AUGUCAAGUUAUGUGAAUGCAACCAUUAGCAGUCUGAUACCAAAAGAGAUUGGUGAGCUUCCAAAUGUGAUAGAGCUAACACUUUCUCUUAACAACUUAAUGGGUGCCAUUCCAACAUCAAUUUUUAAUAUCUCAUCACUUCAGGAUAUGUCGCUUACGAGAAAUAACUUGUCUAGUAAUCUUCCAUCAACUAUAGGGCUUUGGCUACCCAAUCUUAGUCAACUCUAUCUUGGAGCAAAUAAACUCACUGGAAUUAUUCCCGAGUCAAUUUCAAAUGCUUCUAAACUCACGUUUUUAGACCUUGAAUUGAGCUUCCUCACUUCCUUGGUAAAUUGCAAAGAUUUAAAAGUAUUGUGGAUAAAUGAUAAUCCUCUGGACGGCAUUCUUCCGACAACUAUUGGAAAUCUCUCUACUUCCCUUGAGAACAUUCGCGCAGAUUCUUGUGGAAUCAAAGGUAACAUUCCUAGUGAAAUUGGUAAUAUAAGCAAUUUGGCAUUCUUGAAUCUGCAACAAAAUGGUUUGACCGGAUUCAUUCCCUCUACAAUUAAAGCGUUGGGAAAGCUUCAAAUAUUGGAUCUUUCCAACAACAGACUGCAAGGGUCCAUUCCAGAUGAUAUAUGUCAACUCAAGAACAUGGGUGAUCUACGAUUGAACCAAAAUGAACUUUUUGGAUUGAUUCCUGAAUGCUUAGGGAAUAUUACAUCUCUAAGAUAUCUCUACCUCAAUUUCAACAAACUAACUUUCGUCAUACCUACAAGGUUGGGCAAUCUUAAAGAUAUCUUGAAAAUUAACCUGUCCUCGAAUUCUUUAAAUGGCAAUCUGCCAUCACAACUUGGGAGUUUCAAAGUUGCAACACUAAUAGAUUUUUCAAUGAACCAAUUCACAGGCAAAAUCCCAAGUACAAUUAUAGGUUUGCAAAACUUGGUUACUCUUUAA